AUGGAUUCCCAUGUCGCGCAUUUGUUGAGAAUACCAUCGGUUGGAUCGAACCGCUCGGUAUACUCUGCGGUUUAGCGACGGUUUUUCUUCUACCGGCGGUUACCGCACGGUAGUUUUCAGACCGCAGUACAAGAAAAAACCGUCGGUAAACCAUUUUGACACAAUCACCUUUUUGUUUUGCGGUUGUCAGUCGAUAUAAGAAAUGCAGAAAGGUCAAAAAACUUUGAUUUUCUUCAGAUUAAAUUUUCUCUUUCAGAUUAUAGAGACUCGUCGAAGUUUGCACUUUGACUUGAGUCAAGUUUUUCCCGUUUGGAAACCUUAUUGCGCUGCAUGCGCACGGCAAAGAAAAGAAAGCUGAGAACUUGAUUCGAACUCCGGUACUGUUUGCUCACACACAGUGGGCAUUUAGGCGGCGUUUUCUGAAAAAAUCGUAGGUGCGAAUUUUUUUGUUUUGAAUAGUGGUGUAUAUAGUAUAAACAAUUCCCUAUUUAAUGAUAAAAAAAUUUUUGUUCUAGCU